UGAGGAGGCGCCUGAGCGCGGCGGCAUCCUCCCUUGUCUCAUCGCGGGGAGGAGGAGCCGCCGCCUGCGGAGAAGCUCAAGGAGAAUAUGAAGUCCAAAGAUCCUCACGAGCUAGACUGAUCUAUGGAUCAGAAUUUGGCUGGGUCAGGUAACUGCUGUCUAAUAGCAAUUCAGAUCGGCACGUUAGAUUUUUGGGGGAAAAGCAGCUAGUGAAUAUAAAGUUUUAAUACAUGAGAAGUAUAUGUUGCUUACCUAUUUACUUUCAAAAAGGGACACCAGCACAAAUCCAUAUGGAAGAUGAACCUCCUCCUUCUCAAGGAGUCAGUGUCAAGGUCUUGGAGGCAACGUUAUUAUCAGCCCUGAAGAUGCUGGAUGUUGGGAAAUGGCCGAUUUUUUCCCUUUGUUCACAAGAGGAGCUCAAGUUAAUUCGUCAAGCCUGUGUAUUUGGCAGUGCUGGUAACGAGGUGCUGUAUGUAACUGAAAAUGAUGAGGUUUUUGUGCUUGGCAUGAACUGCAGUGGGUGUUUGGGAACCGGAGACGUGCAGAGCACAAUUGAGCCAAAGAGAUUAGAUUCUCUGUGUGGCAAAAAGAUAGCCUGUCUGAGUUAUGGAAGUGGUCCUCAUGUUGUUCUUGCUACAGAAGAAGGAGAAGUGUACACAUGGGGUCAUAAUGCUUACAGUCAGUUGGGCAAUGGUACAACCAAUCAUGGUUUGGUUCCCUGUCAAGUCUCUACCAACUUGGUGAACAAGAAAGUCAUUGAAGUUGCUUGUGGCUCUCAUCACUCUAUGGUGUUAACAUCUGAUGGGGAGGUGUACACGUGGGGUUAUAAUAACUCAGGCCAGGUUGGAUCUGGUUCAACUGCUAAUCAGCCAAUUCCUCGAAGAGUUACCAGCUGCCUACAAAAUAAAGUUGUAGUUAACAUAGCCUGUGGUCAAAUGUGCUCUAUGGCUGUGGUGGAAAAUGGAGAGGUCUAUGUCUGGGGUUACAAUGGUAACGGCCAGCUGGGGCUGGGCAGCAGCGGCAAUCAGCCAACGCCGUGCCGAAUAGCAGCCUUGCAAGGCGUUCGCGUGCAGCGGGUUGCCUGUGGCUGUGCACAUACGUUAGUGCUAACAGAUGAAGGUCAGAUUUAUGCCUGGGGAGCCAAUUCAUAUGGCCAGUUAGGUACUGGGAAUAAAAGCAACCAGUCUUACCCUACUACAGUUACUGUGGAUAAGGACAGAGUUAUAGAGAUUGCAGCCUGCCACUCUGCUCACACUUCGGCUGCCAAGACGCAGAGCGGCCAGGUGUACAUGUGGGGCCAGUGCCGCGGCCAGUCUGUGGUCCUUCCCCACCUCACUCACUUUGCCUGCACUGACGAUGUGUUUGCUUGCUUUGCUACCCCUGCUGUUAUGUGGCGUCUUCUCUCAGUAGAGCCCGAUGACCAUCUAACAGUAGCCCAGUCACUGAAGAAGGAAUUUGACAACCCUGAAACUGCAGACCUGAAGUUCCUGGUGGAUGGAAAAUACAUCCAUGUUCAUAAAGUUCUUCUCAAAAUUAGGUGUGAACAUUUUCGUUCCAUACUGAAUAAUGAUGAUGAAAUUAUAGAAAUGAGUGAAUUUUCUUAUCCUGUUUACCGAGCCUUUCUGGAGUACCUGUAUACAGACAGCAUUAGGCUCCCCCCUGAAGAUGCCAUAGGACUGCUAGAUUUGGCAACACUGUAUAGAGAAAACAGAUUGAAAAAGCUUUGCCAGCAAACAAUCAAACAAGGCAUUUGUGAAGAGAACGCGAUCGCUCUUCUUUCUGCUGCUGUCAAAUAUGAAGCUCAGGACUUGGAAGAGUUUUGCUUCAGAUUUUGCAUAAACCACUUAACUGUUGUAACACAAACACAAGGCUUUGCAGAAAUGGACCACGAUCUCCUGAAAAACUUCAUUAGCAAAGCAAGCAGAGUGGGAGCAUUCCGAAAUUGAGAGCUGACUACCACCAAGCUGAAGAGCACAGCCUCGUUCCUCCUGGGAAUACUUCUCCUUUGGAGAGCUUUGAAGAGAGACUCAGUGUCCGUCAGCUUGGGAAAUGCCUUGAAGUCUGCUAACAUACUGGUCUGAAAAGAUGACUACAGCAUAGGUGUGUAGGGAGAGCCAGCAUUCAGAAUUUCAGAACAAAACCUAAUGCAGUAACUACCCUUCCCCACUUAAAGUCAAGCAAACUAAGCUGCCAUUAUCAUGGCUAUUUUGAGUAUAUUAUUUUUAUGUAAACAACCUGCAGCUGGAUUUUAUGGAGCAGUGACAUCCUUGCUGCUAAAACCUUCAUAGUACACUUCUGUCACCAAACUAAGCUAAUAUGCCAUGGUUGGCAGCUUUGUGCCACAUCAUCCAGAUUAGAGACAAACUUGGUUUCUGAGUACUUGAUAAAGUACUAUAAAUUCUUUAGGAUGAGAGGCUUUCUGAGCAGUGGGAGGUUUUGUCUCACCGUCCGCUUAUUUGGAGUGUAAAUGCCAAAACUGCGAAGGGCUUCAGCUGGAUAUUAGAAUUUGAAGUUGCUGGCCAAUAUGCCCAUUGUUCUGGACAAUUAACAAACCUCUGUUACACCAGAAAUGCUCCCUGUGUCAGAUGACAGGAGUUGUGCACUGGCCAGGGAGGUGAGUGGGAUGGGUGAGGCAGAGUGGGUACUUAAUUUCUAACUGACUAACAUGAGCUGAGAUAAAAUCCCACCUUGUGUUAUGCGUAGGAAGGGUUGCCCUCUUACAGAAGAUGCUGAGCUUAUGGAGCAGUUCCUUGGAAUUUUUUCUAACAGGCAAUUGUGAAUUAACUCGGAGAAAUGAUCUCACAGAGCAGCAGAGGCAGCUGCAGUGUUUUACAGCUGCAGUAUCUUACAAAACUGGACGGCCAGGUUCAGUGUGCUGGUCUGUGUCACGCCACCUUCACUCAGACUCGUGCCCUGCCAGAGUCCUCUGAUGACUUAUCCCAAUCCUCAAAUGCGGUUUCUAAGAACCGAAUUCCUUUAUUUCACCCGGGUUGGAAGGGACCUCAAGGAUCAUGUAGUUCCAACCCCCCUGCCUGGCAGGGCCACCAAACAUACACAU